GACAUGCUUAAAUCAUUUGAUAACUACAAGGCAUUGCUGCUUACUAUUAACCAGAACAAGGAAGAACUCCAGAAAAGAGAGAGCACAGAUUUCAAGGAGCUUCAGAACAGGAUUCGGAAGGUGAACUUGAAUUGGGACAAAGCAACUCACACACUGGACAACUGGAGGAAAGUUUUACAAGAAACCCUGCUGCAUUACCAGGCAAAGCCAGGUGAAAGCACUGCAAAAGUGUUUUUUCUUUUACGUGCAAUUCUUUUGUUUGUCUAGGAGUUCCAUGAUUGGAGCCAAAAUCUAAUCCUCUGGUUAGACAGUGCUGUUACCCGAAGGGACGAAAUACAACUCCCAGGUCCAAAUGCUGACCUCGGUACAGUACUGGAUUGCCAAAAGGAGCUAAUGAUAAGUCAACUGCAGAAUGAGCUACUAGAAAAGCAGCUUAAAGUAAACACACUUGAAGAACUCACAGCUCACCUGCUGCUUAAAUCCUAUGGCGACUACGUUGAAGCUGAAGAGAAGAUCCGUGUAACUGGAAGGAAACUGGAACAGCAUAUUAAACAAGUUUCACGUGACUUAAAAAUGAUACAAAGAAAUCUGAUGACGCGGAGGAGAAGGACUGGUGGCAGAAGCAGGAGCAGCACGAGAGGUGAAAGCCAUCCACAAGCACCUGAUCAAGCUGUUCCGUGGUUUCGCUCCUUCUUUCACCGUGUAUUACGAGCAGCUUUACCUUUUCAGUUGAUCUGUGCCCUGCUUUUAGUCCUGGCUUUCCUGGUUCCGUGUACCAAGGAAGACUACAGCUGCACCCGUGCAAACUACUUCGCCCGUUCUCUGCAUCCCAUGCUGCGAUACACCAAUGGGUCUCCACCAGUUUAG